UUCGCGGGCUCUCUCUCUCUAUUGCCAUUUGUUCCCAGUUCCUCGCCUCUUCCCUUCUCUUGUUGCUUGAUCUUCAUCCAUGGCGUCCGGCGCCCUCCCCAAGUCCGGGGCCAUCUCCAAGGGCUACAACUUUGCCUCCACAUGGGAGCAGAACGCACCACUGACGGAGCAGCAGCAGGCCGCUGUCGUGGCCCUUGCACAUGCCGUCUCCGAGCGGCCGUUUCCCCAGAAUCUGGAGCAGAAGAGCUCGGGAAAGGAUGGAGCUGUGUUGGUCUCUGAGAAAGAUGCGAAUUUGGAGGAAUCUGGAACUGUGGAUGCGGUUUUGGUGAAUACCCACCAGUUCUACAAAUGGUUCACUGAUCUAGAAUCAGCCAUGAAGUCCGAGACAGAAGAAAAAUAUCGUCUUUAUGUCAAUACGUUGGUAGAACGAGUUGAGAUAUGUGACGGAAUCCUUCGGCAGGUCGAUGACACCCUCAAUUUGUUCAAUGAACUACAGUCGCUGCAUCAUAAUGUGACCACAAAGACUAAGACUUUGCACGACGCCUGUGACAGAUUAUUGUUAGAGAAACAAAGAUUGAUAGAGUUUGCAGAUGCACUUCGAAGCAAGCUCAACUAUUUUGAUGAAUUGGAGAAUAUUUCUGGGAGUUUCUACUCCUCAAAUAUGACUAUUGGGAGUGAACAAUUUUUCCCUUUGCUGAAAAGACUUGAUGACUGUAUUUCAUACGUUGAAAGCAACCCACAGUAUGCAGAAUCUGGUGUUUAUUUAGUCAAAUUCCGACAACUCCAGUCUCGAGCUUUAGGCAUAAUUCGAUCUCAUGUGCUUUCUGUCCUGAAAGGUGCCUCUUCCCAGGUGCAAGCUGCUAUCCGUGGCAGUGUUUCAAGCAAGACUACUGUUUCAGAAGGAGUUGAAGCAUCUAUUAUAUAUGUUCGCUUUAAGGCUGCUGCUAGUGAGUUGAAGAAUGUGCUGGAAGAAAUCGAGAGUAGAUCAUCAAGGAAAGAAUAUUCACAACUUCUUACAGAAUGCCACAAGUUAUACUGUGAGCAGAGACUAUCACUAAUAAAAGGGAUAGUGCAGCAGAGGAUCUCUGAGUUUUCAAGAAAAGAGGCAUUGCCCUCGUUAAGUCGUUCUGGAUGUGCAUAUCUUAUGCAGGUUUGUCAGCUUGAGCAUCAGCUCUUUGAUCACUUCUUUCCAUCUUCUUCAACUGAUUCCUCGAGUUUGGCUCCUUUAAUAGAUCCUUUGUGCACAUAUUUGUAUGAUACUCUACGUCCCAAAAUUAUACAUGAAGCAAGUCUUGAUCCGCUCUGUGAACUUGUUGAUAUCCUUAAAGUUGAAGUUAUUGGAGAACAACUUAGCAGACGGGGUGAAUCACUUGCAGGACUCCGUCCCACGUUACUUAGAAUCCUAGCAGAUAUUCAUGAGCGUUUGACAUUUUGUGCUAGAACAUAUAUUAGAGAUGAGAUUGCAAAUUACCGGCCUGGUGAUGAAGAUCUGGACUAUCCAGCGAAGCUAGAGCGAGCUGCUCAAUCUGCAACUGAGGAAUCUGGUGAUAACAAAUCUGAUGUUGUCAAUAGCUGGUAUCCUCCAUUGGAAAAAACGAUAUCAUGCCUGUCAAAACUAUAUCGUUGUUUAGAGCCAGCUGUUUUCACUGGUUUAGCUCAGGAAGCUGUUGAAUUUUGCACAACAUCUAUUCAGAAUGCAAGCAAAUCUAUUGCAAAAAGAUCAUCUUCAAUGGACAGCCAGCUUUUUCUUAUCAAGCAUUUUCUUAUUUUAAGGGAACAGAUCGCGCCUUUUGAUAUUGAAUUCUCAGUUACACAUAAGGAGUUGGAUUUCUCCCAUUUGUUGGAGCAUCUUCGAAGAAUUCUAAGAGGCCAAGCUUCAUUAUUUGACUGGUCACGAUCAACUUCGUUGGCUAGAACGUUUUCUCCUCGGGUUUUAGAAAGUCAGAUUGAUGCCAGAAAGGAAUUAGAGAAAAGCCUCAAAACCAGCUGUGAAGAAUUCAUAAUGUCAGUCACAAAAUUAGUCGUUGAUCCAAUGCUAUCAUUUGUAACCAAGGUAACUGCCGUGAAGGUGGCACUUUCUGCAGGCAAUCAAGCCCAGAAAUCAGACUCUCUUUUAUCGAAGCCACUUAAAAGUCAGGCAUUUGCUACUCCAGAUAAAGUGGCAGAGCUAAUUCAGAAGGUUGGUGGUGCUAUUCAGCAAGAUUUGCCCAAUGUGAUGAAUAAAAUGAAGCUUUAUCUGCAGAACCCAUCAACUCGGAUGAUCUUGUUCAAACCGAUUAAAACCAAUAUUGUUGAAGCCCAUGUGCAGCUGCAGUCUCUUGUAAAGUCGGAAUACUCUUCAGAAGAAAUGCAGACCAUUGGCAUGGUGUCAAUACAAGAUUUACAAGCUCAGCUUGACAAUCUUCUAUAGGUUCUUCUUGCAUCCUGUAUUGUGUGACUUAGUGAGAGAAACGCUGACUGAGAAAAUGAUGCUAUAUUUCACAGGGUUGUGUUGUGCUUGAUUGAUUUUCAUCUAGUGUAGAGAUGGGUGGACAUUGUUUUGAAUUUGAUCUUCUCAUUAAUUGGAAAAGCCAUUUGCUUGCC